UUUUACGGUUAUAUUGUUUUACGAGUUAACACGUAUAAUUCAGCUGGCAGGUGUAACCACGUGAAUGUAUCCAAUAUAGCGUGAGAAGUCAUCUGGCCUAGUUUUUCAUGAAUGUAGAGGAAAAUAUCGUGUAACAUUUCCGGGGCUGGUGUCGUGUGCUUCACCGACACCAGCCCCCCAUUCCAAAUAGUGGGGGAACAAUGUCGGGGGGUCCACUGUCCGCAUGCCGCUAACAAAUUUACGUUUCACAUAAACUGAGGACGAAGCACAUGCGGUAGGCGAUAUUAACUGUCUCGUGCAUCACUUGCGGCAUCGCUAUUACGGCCAGUAAUGCAAUCUGACACAUGGAGCCAUUUACCAACAAAUACGAAAGCCAUGUCCCUCGACUCAAUCUUCCAAACCUCAUCAAAGCCGACGAUGUUAUGUGACUCAGUAAUCCCAGUAACCGAAGAUGCUGCAAGCCACUUCAUUUUGUGUCCAGAGUAUUGGCAAGAUCCUAAGAAGUUAGGUCAAUGACACUGAUGUAUGCGGAUAUCCUUAAGUACGGGAAGUCUUUGAAGAGACUGGAGAAUCCUAUCUUAUUUACAAACAGUAGUCUGAAGCGUAACUAGGAAAGAAGAAAUCCAAAUGGAAAAAGUACGGCAGUGGCUUGAAGUUGAUGAUUUAUUCUCUAAUGAACGACAGAAUUUGACUGCCGUGACUCAGCGAACUGGAUUUUUACGAGUUAGACUUCAGUCAACUUCCAACCAUGAAUUGAUACAGCAGUAAUACUCCGGACACACUGCUGAAAGACCACACACACGGCAGAAACCGGCGAGAUCAUUGCAGCCAAUAAAAACGCCUUUAAAAAACAAUCACAUGUGUACAUAUACUAUUUCCCUAGUUAUUUGCUGUUUUAUACGACUGCCCAUUGAUUUUCUGGUGUCAUUUGUCCCAUGUCUUUGAAGUUGAGCAAUUCCUUUUACAACUCGCGUUGGUUGUAAAUUAGGAUAACAGAUGGCGUGAGUGUGCCUCUGUCAGUGUGACAGUGAAACCUAUGUUCGAAUAUUUGUGAACUAUGUUACAUUCCAGUGAUAAGUUUGAUAAAAUUAAAUGAUGUGAUUUCAAUUAUUGAGAGUUUUUCAUUCUUUCCUGUGUUUUUGGAGUGAGAAAAAUCAAGUGGAUUAUUUUGUGUGCAACGGGUAAACUUGUGAUCAGCAAUGCCAGGCUGGCAUUGCCAGCUGCCAGAUCCAAACUAUUACUUUUACAUUCCCAUCAUGCUAUUCUAUUGCACGUUGAGAGCUGAUGUAUCAAAAAUGAAAAAAAUGCUGCCCUCGAAGGAAGAUCACCAGCAAUGCAAAAUCAAUGGAUUGGAAUACCUGAUAUCAUUCUAUAAUCUUUGCCCACUCAUCAUCUCAUCCUCCUUUUAUUUCUACCUUAACAGCCACCACAUGUCUUCGCCUCGCCCGUCGCCCAGUCUUGGCUUCACCCGUCGCCACAUCUUCGCUUCGCCCCGUCUUCGCUCCGUCCGUCGUCCCGUCUUCGCUUCGUCCGUCGCCCCGUCUUCGCUUCGUCCGUCGCCCCGUCUUCGCUUUUCGCAUCGCAUCGCCUCGUCUUUGUGGUAUCGUUGUAUUUUGUAAAAUGUAAUUGUGUAGUGUUAAUUAAUCCGUUGGCUGCCACCCACUUUGAUCCCCUUUUUUUAAAGCUUGUUAGGGUCCGGCAGCGCUGUUCUGCCCAAUGGUCUAUAUGCCAUGGGUGGGACAGUUGCACAAGCCGUGUGGCUCAAAGUCGAUCGUCGAGGCAAUGCACCAGUAGGGACUUCCCUCUUGUCGAUGUGGUGAUGGUUGCCUGGGGUGUGCAUUCCCAUAAUGGCUUUCAUCAUCAUAUCAGCCCAGACUUGUCUUCGGACAAGUCCCCCUUGGUCGCUAUCCUUUCGAUAGCGAUGUAGCUAAUGUAGAUUUAGUGGCGUGGCAGCCAACGGGUUAGUUUUAUUUAUGUAUGUUUUGUAUUGUGUUUUAUUGUAAAAUGUAAAAGUUUGUGGUGGAUUUGUGGGUGGAUGGUGGGACAAUAAAUACUUUUACAGAUA